GCCUUAUAGGUAUUCCGGAGUGUAUUAAGAACUAUAUUUAAUUAAUUGCUUUUUUUCUAGAACUCAAUUCUUCCUUUGAAAUAAUUAUGGCAGGCUUGGUAGAUUAUGGAAGCAGUGAUGAGGAGGGCUCUGUCCAUCUAGAUAUUCCCCAGCAAUCUUCAGACGUAAGUUGAGCUUUUCAUUGCAAUUGUCAUUCAAAAAUGGUCGCUGACAUCACAGGCCAUAGACUACUGAAGGUUCACUGUUGAAUAAUUCUAAUACAGAUGUUACAACGGAAGGUACGCAGAGCUUACACUUUGAUAUCUAGCCUUUCUAACUCCUUGACAGAUGUGCAGGCACAUGCGACAGAGCCCCCAUCUGCAGAAAACUCACGGACGAUUGAGCUACCAAGCAAUCCAAAACCAGACGAUCCUCUCGUUGGACCUCAAUUGGGACCAGUCGAGGCAACUCAGUUUCCAGAACUAGAAGAUGCAUUGAAUGAGGAACGAGGGGGAGAACCGCAAUCGCCAUACACCGCGAAUCGAGCUCUAUUACGAGAUCUCACCCUCCCGACAGUUCCCAAUUACGAUAUUCCUCCUUCACCACCAGGUUCACCAGUAGCCAGUACGAAUGCGAAAUUUAAGCACUUCCUCGAACUCAAGAAGCGGGGUACACAUUUUAAUGAAAAGCUUGCAAAAUCGGCGGCGCUCAAGAACCCGAGCUUGAUGCAGAAGCUCAUGGACUUUGCAGAUAUUGACGAGGCAGAACAAUAUUCAACAACCCUUCCUAAAGACUUAUGGAAUCCCGCUGGAUUUCCUGAGUACGCUUACAAAGAAGAACUUGCGAAAAGCCAACAGAAGAUUUUGAAGGAAAAGGAGGAAAAGAAGGCUCGAGGUCAGAGGGAAGCUUUGGAUUUUGUACCUGCAACAAACCCAGCUGAUGCCGGUCGUGGUGGAGCUCUACAUACAGGCGGUACCAGCGGAAAGGGGCAACAAAGCACUGCUGAGCGUAUAAUGGCAGGACUCGAUAAGGGCAGGCCGAACUCACCUCACAUGCAAGGUCUAAAGAGAAAAACCAGAUUCGAAAGCUGAAAUCACGGCCAUUAUUAAUAUGAUCUAUUCACGUCAGAAGAAGCGCGAUGUUUCAAGCGCCAAGUCAAAUGAGGACGAAGUAUGACUUUGGAUCUUCAUCAAGAAGUAGACAUGGACCGAAAGGAAAGCCAUGAGACCCGUGGGACACUUAGCACUCUCGAGAUUUCUAUCAUCAGGUAUCUCUUGAGGUAAAGCCCUGGCUGGUAUCGAAUGAUGAUGGGACUAUUCUUAGAAUAGCCCGGUAGAUUUUUCAGAUCACCUCUGAUUUAGCUUUACCACUUAUAUCCUCACAAGACAUGAGCAUAUACACAUAUCAUGAGAUGUUAUACUGGACCAAUGAUAGAUGCGGGAGGGAGCAGUUGUAAAUAGAAUUGGUUGCGAUUUUUGGGAUAUCCAAAUCUGGUGAUGUUGAAUUUAUUG